AUGGAGGAUGCCGAUGGGCUGUUUGGCGGGUCACUUUCACUGCUGUCUGCACCCAGGGGCGCAGGCGCGGCUGCUCUGUUCCCCAGGGCGUGCAGCCGGAACCCCGGAGUCUGCGGCACCCCUCGCGGCCGCCGCACCGCGCGGGUGGGAGGGGCCUCUGGGGACUGCUGCCGGGCGGAGCGCGGCGCGGGCCGGCGCGGGGGGCUGGGAGGAUGCAGCCCGGUCCCUGACCUGCGCUACGGCCUCCACUGGCCUUCGGCAGCACAGCAGGUGCCCGGCCAGCAGUCCGGACUCCCGGGACUCUCCCGCUCCCUGGACAUGUCGCCCCUGUCCCCGCCCAUCAGGGACCUGGCCAGCGUCCCUCUGCCAUGUGAGGAGGUCCUGGGACCGGGCCCAUCUUUGGGAGCUGCUAUUCUGCCCACCCCAGAGCCAGCUCUGCCUUCUGCACAGCAGAACUCAGCCAUUCCAGGCCUGGGGCCCUCACUGACCUGGAGCUGCCCCAAGGACGUGGCUUCUGAACACACCUGGAGUCAGCCAGCAGGGAGCCGCCCCGCAGAGGGUUUGGGGCAGGGCAGGCCCCACGCUGCGCAGACAAACCACAGCCAGGCAGGCGCGGCAGCCGGAGCCCUGCCCUCCCCCGCCCUCACGAAGGACGGCGGCCCUGGCUCCUACCCCAGGACUGCUGAGCCACCGGAAUGGAGCAAGCUCCACUCCAGCCCCAAGUGUGGACCCUGAAUCCUCCCCGCCGACACUCACUCAGAAGCUGUGCUUGGAUCCCAUCCUCCCAUACCAGCGGAGUCUUGAGAAACAGCCCUAUGUCCUCUCUGAGCCUCAGGUGCCUUCUCUGGGCACAGGAGGGGGCCCAGCCUUCCACCUAAAGACACGGGCCUGUGAAAAUCCUAGCACCAGCCCUACACGGGGCUCCGUGACACGUGGGCACACACCAGCAGGUGCGUGCAUGGGCCAGGUGUCCCCCACUCUACUCCCACACGCACACAGGACCCCAGCCUGCUCACAUUCACCAAGGGGUGUCUUUUUUUUCUUUUAACGAUGGGUGGCAAAGGCUUUACCGUCCCCUGGUAGGGUUGCCAGAUCAAAUACAAGAUGUGCUUCAGA